AUGGGAAAUGAAACCGAUGCAAAUUCGAACAGUUCGCCUGUACAGGGUGAUAUGGCUGACUUGGUGCGCGCAAUGCUCGAACAGAACAGACUGCGUGAGCAGCAGAUGGAGCAAAUAAUAACCAAAUUAAUGGACAACCAGAAAACGACGACACCGAUGAUGCUACCUAAUCUGACGAAGACGAUCCCAAUGUUUAAUGGCGAAACAGGUGAUACUGAUGCGGCUGCGGAGUGGUUGAAUGCGUUGAAAACCGCCGCGCAAUUAAACGGUUGGCCUGAUGAGAGUACGUUGGAAGCGGGACGCUCUUAUUUAGAGGGAGCAGCGAGGAACUGGUAUCUCAGUCACAUGGUUGAACUAAACACUUUUGCUAAAUUCUCUAAAUCGUUCGAAGCUAUGUUUAUGGCACCAGAAGAAGUAACAGAAACAUGGAAGAGAAUGUACGAGCGUGUACAACAAAAGAAUGAAACGGUUUUCGCUUAUUUCCACGACAAAGUGCGGAUGUGUCGCCGGUUGAAAUUAUCCAUGAGUGAAACCAAGAAAAUGAUUUGCGUCGGGUUACAUUCUCGAGAUAUGUCAAGUGCAUUAAUGAGUAAUGGACAUGUACGUGAAGAGGAGUUGAUGGCUGACAUUCGUGAAUACAACGAGGUGAGUUUAAUACGUGGUGAACGUUUCCGUAGUACGUCGACACCGAGUAGACAAUUAAUCGCCGCGAAAAGUACAAGUGUACCGAAGGUCGGUACGGAUAAACAGAAUACAAUUACAAGUAGUCCAAUUAAGAAAGAGUUUCGUAAAACUUAUGAUGGACCUCGUUGUUACAAUUGUCAACUGACCGGACAUGUUGCAAGGGAUUGUACGCAACCACGACGACCACUUAAAUGCACUAAGUGUAAAUUGGAAGGACAUACAUCUAAAUAUUGUGAAGUAGCCAAUACGCCGGAUGUGAGUCUAGUGAGUUGUCAAACUAAAAGUAAAUUCAUGUAUUACAUUAAAGAAGUGCGUAUCAACGACAACAAGAAAACCGUCCGAGGUCUAGUCGAUACCGGUAGUGCUUUCACUAUUAUAACAAAGACUAUUGCAAAGUCCUAUGGUCUUGAGGUGCGACCUAAAACGGUAAACAUGUACGUCUACGGAAAUGCUCAAUCAAUAGCAAGUUAUGGUGAAACACAAGCGACCAUCCAUAUUGAUGAAGUGAGUGAGCUCAUCACACUGGUGGUAGUUGACGACCAAAUCCAACAAUACGAUAUAAUAAUUGGCCGUUCCUUUACUGACUGUGAAAAUGUCACAUUUAUCAAAACAACGGAUCAAUUACAGUUUGCCUACGGUAUGAUGAUGCCAUAUCAGGAGGGAGGUGUUCCAUAUGAGUCCACUAGUAAACAAAUAGUGCGAGUGGUUGGCGAAAACGAAAACAUACCGGCCAAUAGUAUGAAGAUGAUAAAGGUAAAUGCAGGUGACCAUGAUGUAGAGGUAAUGCUCAUCAAUGAGGAAGAUACUGCGAUAAGGCUGAACAGGGAUCAAUCGGUAGGAGUUAUCCGAGGUGGUCGGAAGUCCACUGAAAACAACCAUGAUGUAAAGACACCCAUAACUGCGGAGAUGGUGAAGUAUGGUUCGACACUUUCCAGUGACGAAGUAGACGGAUUAGUGCAUUUACUAAAUCGAUACCGUGAGUGUUUCGCAUUUAAUUUAAAUGAGCUCGGGUGUACCGAUGUUCUAGCGAUGGAUAUUGUGGAUGAUGGUAAACCAGUGAUGAGCAAACCAUACCGAGCCAGCGCAUCUGAACGAGAAACAAUUAGUCGCAUAGUACAGGAGUGGAAGGAGGCGGGCAUUGUCACUGAAACAAAAUCAGCUUAUGCGUCACCAGUACUAUUAGUUACAAAAAAAGAUGGCGACGCAAGACUUGUGGUUGACUAUAGAAAGUUGAAUGCUCAAACGGUGAGAAAAGUUUUUCCUACUCCUAAUAUAGACGAGCACCUGGAAACACUACAUGGAGCAACGUUGUUUACAACUCUUGAUCUUGCCUCCGGUUACCUACAGGUACCUCUAACUGAAACGUCUAAAGAGAAAACUGCGUUUAUCACACCGAGUGAGUCGGGUCAAUUCGAACGAAUGGUUUUCGGUCUCAUCAACGCACCCUAUGAAUUUUCGAGGUUGAUGCAACGAAUAUUACAACCAUUGAAAAACAAAGUCGCUAUGUGGUACUUGGACGAUAUUCUGGUACCAUCAACAUCGUUCCAGGACUUGAUAAAUCGGUUGAGUCAAGUAUUCGAUGCACUUAGAGAAGCAAAACUGACUCUCAAGUUGAGUAAAUGUCAUUUUGGAUGCACUGAAGUAGCAUAUUUAGGAUUUAUGUUGUCAGCAGCUGGAGUGAGGCCUGGUGAUCAAAAGGCCAUAGCCAUACAACAAUAUCCAAAACCUAAAAACAAACAUGAAGUGAGACGAUUUCUUGGUUUAUGUGGGUUUUUCAGAAGGUUCAUUCCACGUUAUGCGGAGAUAGCCCGACCAAUAAGCGACUUACUUCGGGAUAAUGAGCAAUUUGUGUGGACAGAGACUCAGGAGGAAGCGUACAACAAUCUGAAGGCCAGGUUGGUCAGUAAACCAGUGCUCCAAGUCUUCAACCCUAAUGCGGAUACUGAAUUACACUGUGACGCUAGCAGUGUGGGUCUGAGUGGCAUGUUGCUUCAACGAGGUGAAGGUAAGAGGUUACACUUGGUGCAUGCUGUAUCAAAAAAGACUACCUCAGCUGAACGACAUUACCACUCGAGCAAGCAGGAGCUAAUGGCAGUGGUCUGGAGUAUGUGUAGAUUGCGACCUUAUUUAAUUGGGAUUAAAUUUUUAGUUGUUACAGAUUGUCAGGCAAUAGUACAUCUUAAUACCCAAAAGACUCUGAACCCCCAAGUAGCGCGUUGGGCAACGCUCCUAAGUGAGUAUAAUUUUGAUAUAAAGCAUCGUCCAGGCAGUAGGAUGGAUCAUAUUGAUGCCUUGAGUCGUGCGCCGACAAGCAUGUCACAGGACACUGAAACUGAAUUAUUGGACGAGCACAUGGAAGUGUUUAUUGCUAUGACCGAGGAGGAUCAGGUGAUAGCAAUGCAGCAGGCAGAUGUGAAACUGAAAGCAAUCAUGAGUAUCCUUAGUCAAGAAGAAUCAGAACAUACAACAACCGAAGCUGAAAGAGUGAAAGAUUACCAACUUCACCAUGGUAUGUUAUAUAGGAAGGUGACGGUGGACAACAACGAAACAAGGUUAUUAUGGGUAGUACCUGAGUCAAUGCGAAAGAGUAUAGUGGUAAGGUUCCAUGACUUGGCGGGUCAUUUCGCAGUGGACCGGACAGUCAGUAAGAUAAAAGAAAGGUACUACUUCCCAAUGAUGCGCAGAUACGUGAAGAUGCACAUUAAUUGCUGUCCUGAGUGCAUACUAAUUAAAACCCCCCGAGGAAGACAGCCUGGUGAGCUUCACCCCAUUACCCCAGGUAAACGACCGUUCGAGGUGAUCAACGUUGAUCACAUUGGUCCGUUUAUGAAAUCAACAAAAGGUAACAGUCAUAUUAUAGUGUUGAUUGACAAUUUAACCAAAUAUGUUAAGCUAUAUCCAGUGAAGAGCUGUGGCACAGAGGCGGUAGUGACAAACUUACAGUUAUUUGUGAAGUCAUUUGGGACGCCAAGGCGAAUUAUCAGCGACCGAGGGACGGCCUUCACGUCUAAGGCAUUCGAAGCAUUCUGUGUACAAUAUGGUAUUCGCCAUACGUUGAACUCGGUGAGACACCCACAAUCCAAUGGACAGGUGGAACGUGUCAACAGCACCCUAGUUCCGGUAAUGCAGUCAACUAUGGAGUCGGAUCAGACCUGGGAUAAACGUAUAUCUGACAUCGAGUGUCAUUUGAAUAAUGCUUAUAACAAAACAAUCGGUGAUACACCUUUUCAUGUAUUAUACGGAUAUUAUCCAAGUUUUAGGGACGGAGUGUUGCAGCAUGUGACAACAAACGAGGUAUGGGACUCUGCAGCAGAGAUUCAAAACAAAAUCCGGGAACGCAUAUCUAGAGAACAUCAGCAAUGGAAGCAACGGUACGAUUCUAAGCAUGUCAAGCCAAUACGUUAUGAGGUUGGAGAAGUGGUAUUCAUACGCAGACCACCAGAAGCCACAGGGGAGUCAACAAAAUUGCAGUUCAAAUACCGUGGCCCACUGGUAGUUACUGAGGUACUACCUAAUGAUGUUUAUCGAGUGGCAGGGCUACGCGUCGAAGCUGGAAAACGUUAUGUGACUGUCGUUCACGUUUCACAUAUUAAGGGAUAUCAUCUACCAGCAAAUGAGGAACCAAACGAAGACUCAACAGUGAUGGGGCAUGAGGAAGAAGAUAUGAAGCAUGAGGAAGAAGACAUGAAGCAUGAGGAAGAAGACAUGAAGCAUGAGGAAGAAGACAUGAAGCAUGAGGAAGAAGACAGACCACGAGAUGUACCCAAUACCGAAGAGAUAGAAGUAAAGAAGUCAGAAGUAAAAGACAAACAACCCAAACGUGUAAAGAAAACACCAGCUUGGCAUUCAUCUUACCAGAUGUAA